CAUCUGGACAGUCAGAGCAACACAUGUGGGCUCAUAUAUAUAAGAUAGGCCAAAGGCAGUUCACCCUCUAGCCGACCUGACACACUUUCCACCGAGGAGAGACAAUCCAGCAGCCAUCAUGCACAAACUGAUCACCAUCACCGUCCUCAUUGCAGUCCUCGCCCUGGGAGCGGAGAGCUUCCGUGUGCCCAGACAGGUCGAGGAUACAGAUGAGGAAAAGGGAACGGUCGCCACUGUGAUGGACACCCUGAAGUCCUAUUAUGACCAGGGCCUGAAUACUGCCAGUGGUUACAUAGAGAACAUCAAAGAACUCAAACUGGAAGAGAAAGCAAAGAACCUGCUUGAUGAGACAUCCCAGGCAGUGCGCACGUAUUUUGGCAUCUUCCAGGAUCAGCUAUAUCACAUAGUUUACACUCAAGAGAGCCAUUAAGUCCCAGCUCAUUAAAGUCUCAACCUUUCCAACUCUGGUCCUCAGUCAACCAUACUGGAGCCCUUUACUAUCUCACCUGAAGCACCUACGAGGAGCUGAGCAAGUCUGGGCUAAAGCAGUCCAUUUGAACUUCUGUCUUCCAGUUGCUCAGAGCCAGAAUGCACUCUGCCCUUCACAGUGGGUUAACCUGCCCUUCCACGAUCAACUCUGAAAACUCAAACCACACCAACAAUGCACAUAGUGACUUAGUAAAGGUGUAACUGUGCUGUAAACAGUAAGAACAACAAGACUGCCAGCACAAUAAAUCAGCUUGCUUUGAAAAGUUAUAUCUUGACCAGAGGCAGCUGCUUUAGAGGUGAUACGGUGCCCUUUUAUUUCAUGAAAGGUGACCGCGUUGUCAUUCAUCUCAAAGAACCUGCAAUAGAUUCUUGUGUUAUCACCAUUUUGGUGAUGUCCCUUCAACAAUGCAAUGUACAAAUGUAAUGCAAUAAAACAAACAUUUGUAGAAAGAA